AUGCCCGCACAGCGGUUGCGUGAGAGAGCAUAUUGUGAUCCAAAACCGAAAUAUUUAGCUCAUUCCGCUUCUACUAUUUUCGUUGAAAGACCGUUGCAACGAUUACAAGAAUUAGACGUGGAAAAACGUGAACCCAUUUUACUUCGAUGCUCAGCAUUGCAACGAACAAAUUUUAUUCAAGUAGAUACAUUAAAGCGAACGUCUGAAGUAGCACAAUCAAUGUUUCGUUUGGUACCAUCCUUAGAAACAGAUGAAUGGCCUGUACGAUAUGCUUUUGCGUCAAUAAGUGGUCGUUCAACGUGUAUUCAGCUUCGCUCCUCACCAAUAUAUAUGAUCUAUUGGCAUGUCAUUUCAUCGAGUAAAGAAGUACAGAUAAAGCGUCGUACAGUAACUCGAUUAUCCUCAGAAUUGAUCCUUCCACCGAUGGAAAUGGAAAUGGCUGAACGAUGGCAUAUGAACUGGGAAUAUGUCGUGUAUCGCAUAUCACAUGGUUUACAUUUUGCUAUCAUGAAAAAUAUCACUGAUAUGACACCUCAACAAAGAGUUAUUUACACACGUAUACAGAAAUGUUAUCCACGACGAUUCAUACGAUCGAACAUUGCACCUGUACAGAAAAAGAAAAUUCUCAAAGCAUCAGAAUCAUAUCCAAUUAAAAUGUGUACCGUUGAUCGAGGUGAACCGUGUCAUGUCAAAAGAAUUAAUAUUCCUGAAUAUCGAAAAUCUAUGACUACCAAUUAUUAUCCAACACGUGAACAUAUUGACAGGGAAUCAGCAGCUGAAGUAUACUGGAGGGUUAUCGAUGGUAACACUAUUAUUGAUGGAGACGAGAAAAGUUACAUUUUUGAUCAAGUAUACCGUGAUGUAGAUCGAACACAGGACGUCUAUGAUAGUUCAGCAAAGGAUGUAGUAGAAUCGGCUAUGGCUGGUUAUAAUGGAACUUUAUUUGCUUAUGGACAAACUGCGUCUGGUAAAACAUAUACUAUGUUUGGUACAGAUAAUGCAGAAGGCAUUGUUCAAAUGGCGCUCGACACAAUUUUUGCAAAAAUUUUAGAAGGAAACGAUAAACGAUAUAUGUUACGCAUAUCGUGCAUUGAAAUUUAUAAUGAAAAAGUGCGAGAUUUGUUAUCUGAUUCGGUCGCUGAUUUACCAGUAAAGGAAUUCAAAGAGAAAACAAUAGUAGAUGGUUUGCGAGAGGAGGUUAUUGUCUGCAAGCAUGGUGUCACAAUGUUAAUCCAACGAGCAUUUGCAAAUCGUGUAAUUGGUGAAACUGCUCUUAAUGAACGUUCAUCACGAUCACAUGUCAUUCUUCGUUUUAUAAUCGAAUGCUAUGACGAUACUGUUGCUUCGGAUUCUUCUUCCUAUGUUUCAUUUCUGAAUGUGGUAGAUUUAGCUGGUAGUGAAAGUGCGAAACAAUCGGGAGGAGACGGUGAUCGUUUAAAAGAAAGUGGCAAAAUCAACACCAGUCUCUUGGCUUUACAAAAAGUUAUAAAUCAAUUAAGUGAAAAAGGGAAUGGUCAUGUGAAUUUUCGCGAUUCGAAGUUAACGCGUUUACUAAAAAGUUCAUUGGGUGGUAAUGCACGAACAUUAAUAAUCUGCACUGCUUCACCUACCGAAGUUACGCAAACAUUACAAACACUCAGAUUUGCUGCACGCGCAAAGAAGAUCAAGAAUAAACCACGGAAGAAUUGGAAUGCAGAAGGGAUAUUAACGCAAUAUAUUCAAACCAUUGAACGUUUGAAGGCAGAAUUAGAGGGCAAUCGGAAAAGCGAAACUGUAGAGCGUGAACUGCUUAACAAAAAUAUUGAAUUAGGCAAGGAAGUCGAGCGUUUAAGAAAAUGUAUUCUUUCAAGUCGAAUGCUUCCACAAUCUACUCAAGUGGGUUGUUUACAAAGGAAACUUAGCGAUCGUCGUGCUCGAAGGCAAACGUGGGGUGGUAACUGGGCUCGUUCAGGUACAGACACGCUACUACCAUAUAACAAUUCGGAUUCGCACUUUCAGUUGUAUGAGAAUCGUGUCGCGGAGAAGUCAAAAGUUAGUGUUAUUGAUGAAUUGUCAGAGGAACCAAACACGAUGACCCUUUAUGAGGCGCCGGUGGUCGCAUUUACGACUUUGCAACUCGAUGAUGAUGAAGCAGAUAUUGCGACUAAUUUUCAAACAUCAAAUCAGAGUAGUAAUCGAGUGAGCGAUACUACAUCUACGGUCAUCAAGACAGCUAUCGAUACUGAAGAUCAGCAGUCAUUUACAGCAAGCUGCAGUACUGAAGAUGAGAAGCAAUUUACAACAAAUUCCUCAUUAGCUAGGCAAAAAAUGAGUGAGGAUAAAUUGCCAAGUUGCAGUGAAGAAAAAGACAUUGAGUGUAUAGAGUCGAAUCUGUCAAAUAAGUUUGAAGAGAAAAUAGAUGGUUUGCAAUCUCUGAUUGUUGAGUUGAAAGCAGAAAAUGAAGAUUUGAAGGAAAAAUUACUCUGCAGAAACCGGGAUAUAAGUUGGCUGGAAAAACAAUGUGAUGAUGCCGACAGUAAGGAAGCAGAAUUAAGGGAACAAUUAUACAAAACGCAGAAAACGAAUGAUGAAAAUCUAUCGAUUAUUGCGGCACUUCGGGAUGAGAUUGCACAAAUAAAGCGUUCAAUGGUAAUUUCUGUGGAAGCAAAUAUAGAAGAUAAGGGAAAUUUACUUCGUUUAGAAAAUGAGAUUGAAAAAAAAGAAAAGGAGAUACGCGAGAUGAAAAGAGAGAUUGCUCAGAAAGAUGGAAAAAUUAGCGGAUUAUUACUUGAAUUACGCCGGGUAACAAAUAAGCAGGAAAACAUAGCAGAAAAAGCGCGGUUUCGAGAGAAUAACAAUGAAGAUUCAUCUUCCAAGCAAAUGAAUUACGUUAAUGCUCAAAUGAAGCGAACGAACCGAUAUGAGGUAGAAAUAGAUUCAUCACAAUCGACGCCUAUAAAACAUUAUCCGGAAUGCAGAACUCAGUGA